CUAGUUUUUCUUUUUUUCUCUUGGUGGCUUACAAUAAAUCACGAGUCAUUUUCGAGUGAUUAUUUUGUGAUAGUCACAGAUUUAUAAAUACAUGAGAUUGUUUUGUUUAGUCAAUGUCAUGGCUUAUGGUAAUUCGAGAUCUGUAAGAUUCCGAGAUGAUCUUGAAGCAACAAAGUAUGCACCAGCUAAUGGGGAUAAUGUGAUCAAGGUGAAGUAUAAGCUUGAUGGAAUACGACAAUCAGAGCCAGCCAGUAGAAAGAGUGAUACGAAGUAUGACAGGAGCAGAAAAUCCCUGAAAGCUAAAGUACUAUCACGAGUUUUUUCAGAAGACUAUGAAAGCGUGAACAAAAAGAUAUUGGAUCCUCGAGGACAUGUAAUUCAUAGAUGGAACAAGAUUUUCUUAGUAUCCUGUUUAAUUUCAUUGUUCAUAGACCCUCUAUUGUUUUACUUGCCAGUCAUGAAGGACGAUAUCUGCAUAGAUAUAGGAGUUACUCUGGAAAUUGUCCUCACAGUCAUUAGAUCAAUAGCUGAUAUCUUUUACAUGAUUCAGAUUUUUGUUCGAUUUAGAACUGCUUAUGUUGCUCCAUCUUCUCGUGUAUUUGGGAGAGGAGAGCUUGUUAUAGAUACUUCAAAGAUAGAACAAAGAUACAUCAGAAAAGAUCUCUUGAUUGAUGUUGUUGCAGCCUUGCCUUUACCCCAGGUAUUGAUUUGGGUUGUUAUCCCUAAUUUAAGGGGCUCAACAAUGGCGAACACGAAGAAUGUCCUAAGAUUCAUUAUCAUUUUUCAGUAUCUCCCUAGACUUUAUCUCAUAUUUCCAUUGUCGUCCCAAAUUGUCAAGGUUACUGGUGUUGUGACUGAAACAGCAUGGGCAGGAGCUGCUUACAACUUGAUGCUAUACAUGUUAGCAAGCCAUGUACUGGGAGCUUGUUGGUAUCUUCUAUCAAUAGAGAGGCAAGAAGCUUGCUGGAGAUACGUGUGCAGUCUUGAGAAGCCCUCUUGUGAUUAUGGAUAUUUUGACUGCCAGAGAGUAAAUGAUCCACAAAGGAAGUCCUGGUUCAAUUCCAGCAAUAUUACAAGACAAUGUGACCCAAAUAAAAGUGACUACCCAUUUGGUAUUUAUGGCGACGCGGUGAAAGUUAGCGUGACAUCUGCUUUGUUUUUCAACAAGUACUUCUACUGCCUCUGGUGGGGCUUGAAGAACCUAAGUGCUCUAGGACAAGAUCUCUCUACAAGCACUCAUAUUGGAGAAAUAAUUGUUGCCAUCAUAGUUGCAACGCUUGGCCUAAUUCUUUUUGCCUUGCUCAUCGGCAAUAUGGAAACGUACCUCCAAUCGACAACAAUUAGAUUAGAGGAGUGGAGAAUCAGGAGAAUGGAUACAGAAAAAUGGAUGCACCACAGGCAAUUACCUCAAGAAUUAAGGCAGUCAGUAAGGAAAUAUGAUCAAUACAAAUGGAUUGCUACAAGAGGAGUUGAUGAGGAAGCUCUUCUCAAAGGACUUCCUCUAGAUCUUCGCAGAGAUAUCAAACGCCACCUCUGCUAUGAUUUAGUUCGAAGAGUACCACUGUUUGAUCAAAUGGAUGAAAGAAUGCUAGAUGCAAUAUGUGAGAGGCUAAAACCUGCAUUAUGCACUCAAGGUACUUGUCUUGUGCGCGAGGGUGAUCCUGUCAAUGAAAUGCUCUUCAUAAUUCGAGGGAAUCUUGAUUCUUACACCACGAAUGGUGGCCGUACUGGUUUCUUCAACUCUUGCCGUAUAGGUCCAGGUGAUUUCUGUGGGGAGGAGCUGCUGACAUGGGCCCUCGACCCACGCCCAAGUGUGAUUCUACCAUCCUCCACUCGAACAGUGAAAGCAGUUUCUGAAGUAGAGUCAUUCGCACUUGUAGCAGAGGACUUGAUGUUCGUGGCAGCGCAGUUUCGGAGGCUGCAUAGCAAACAACUUAGGCACAAAUUCAGGUUCUAUUCGCACCAGUGGCGUACUUGGGCUGCAUGCUCUAUUCAAGCAGCAUACCGAAGAUAUAAAAAACGAAAGGGUGUAGCUGAACUUAAGGCUCUAGAGAACUUGGUGAAUGAAACAGAGUUGUUUAGUGGGCAAUUGGACAUGAAUGCACCAUCACCUAGAUCAGACUUUGCAGAAUAUGCUGCAAGUAGGAGGGGUCUUCACAAGCGCUCUGAUUCAGAUUCCACUGCAGUUAGUUCAUUACAAAAGCCAGAAGAACCUGAUUUCUCUGUUGAUGAUGAGUAACUUUAAGAAGUGAUACAGUUGCUAAGGUGUAUAUGUACAAUGGUUUGCAUAUUCUUUACUAAAAUGUUUUUAUAUAGGAAAGGCAUAAUAUGUAAA